AAGUCAUGACAGCUGAAAAGACUAUUCCUAUAAUUAACGGCAAGCCAGAAGAUGCUUUGGACCCUGAAGCCUCCAGUACCAACCUCGUCCACAGCAAUGAUAAAAAAGUUCAUGAAAGAGGUCACUGGAACAAUAAGGUUGAAUUUGUGCUUUCUGUGGCAGGGGAGAUUAUUGGGCUGGGAAACGUCUGGAGGUUCCCAUAUCUUUGCUACAAGAAUGGAGGAGGUGCUUUCCUCAUCCCCUACGUGGUGUUUUUUAUUUGCUGUGGAAUACCAGUAUUUUUCUUGGAGACGGCCUUGGGGCAGUUUACGAGUGAAGGAGGCAUCACAUGCUGGAGGAAAGUUUGCCCUCUCUUUGAAGGCAUUGGCUAUGCUACCCAAGUCAUAGAGGCACACCUGAAUGUAUAUUACAUCAUCAUUUUAGCAUGGGCUAUCUUCUAUUUGUUCAACUGCUUCACUACAGAGCUUCCCUGGGCUUCCUGUGGCCACGAAUGGAAUACAGAAAACUGUGUGGAAUUUCAAAAACUCAACAUGAGCAACUGCAGUCAAGUAUCUUUACAAAAUGCCACUUCUCCAGUGAUGGAAUUCUGGGAACGGAGGGUGCUGGCCAUUUCCGACGGGAUUGAGCACAUUGGGAAUCUGCGCUGGGAGCUCGCCCUCUGCCUCCUGGCUGCUUGGACUAUUUGCUAUUUCUGCAUCUGGAAAGGCACCAAAUCCACUGGAAAGGUUGUGUAUGUGACAGCCACCUUCCCCUACAUCAUGCUGAUGAUCCUCCUGAUCCGGGGGGUGACGUUACCCGGCGCCUCCGAGGGCAUCAAGUUCUACCUUUACCCCGACAUCUCCCGCCUCUCCGACCCACAGGUGUGGGUGGAUGCUGGCACACAGAUCUUCUUCUCCUACGCCAUCUGCUUGGGGUGCCUGACAGCCCUGGGGAGCUACAACAACUACAACAACAACUGCUACAGAGACUGCAUCAUGCUCUGCUGCUUGAACAGUGGCACAAGCUUUGUUGCUGGUUUUGCUAUCUUUUCAGUUCUUGGAUUUAUGGCUUAUGAACAAGGCGUGCCCAUUGCAGAAGUUGCAGAAUCAGGACCAGGGCUUGCAUUCAUUGCUUACCCUAAAGCUGUCACCAUGAUGCCUCUGUCUCCUCUGUGGGCAGCUCUGUUCUUCAUGAUGCUCAUCUUCCUGGGCUUGGACAGUCAGUUUGUGUGUGUGGAAAGCAUUGUGACAGCCGUGGUGGACAUGUACCCCAAGGUGUUCCGCAGGGGCUACAGGAGGGAGCUGCUCAUCCUCGGCCUCUCCGUCGUGUCCUACUUCCUCGGCCUCAUCAUGUUAACUGAGGGUGGGAUGUAUGUGUUCCAGCUCUUUGACUCCUAUGCAGCCAGUGGGAUGUGCCUGCUCUUUGUGGCCAUCUUUGAGUGUGUCUGCAUAGGCUGGGUGUAUGGCAGCAAUCGCUUUUAUGAGAACAUUGAAGACAUGAUUGGGUACAAACCUGUGUCAUUGAUUAAGUGGUGCUGGAUGGUCCUAACUCCAGGUAUUUGUGCAGGGAUCUUCAUCUUUUUCCUGGUGAAAUACAAGCCCCUGAAGUACAACAAUGUGUACAUCUACCCUGACUGGGGCUACGGCAUCGGCUGGAUGAUGGCACUCUCCUCCAUGGUCUGCAUCCCGCUGUGGAUCUGCAUCAAGCUCUGGAAGACAGAAGGCACCUUCAUGGAGAAAUUCAGGAAGCUGAUUACACCUAGCUCAGACCUGAAAAUGCGGGGCAAGCUCGGAGGAGGAGCCUACAUUGCAGCAAUAAAUGACUGCGAUGCCAAACUGAAAGGAGAUGGCACCAUUUCCACCAUCACAGAAAAGGAGACACAUUUCUGAAAGAACUUUCUUUUUUCUUGUUUUAUUUUUUUUUUUUUUGUAUAAAGAAAUAAAUAAAUUCACUUAAUUAUAGAGGCUGGCUUGUUUUG